CCUUUUCCUUUGUAGUACAGGCCUGCACAUGCGCGCACCAUGUGUGUUUACGGUGACUGUCAUAUGAUUAGUCUAAUAAGGAAGCAAUGUUCGUGAUACUUUAAACCUGGAAUAUCUGAAUGGUAAUUCUUUCAGUCAUGGAAGAGAUCAGAGUAUCUCCUGACUAUAACUGGUUCCGAAGCACAGUUCCACUUAAAAGAAUUAUAGUAGAUGAUGAUGACAGCAAAGUUUGGUCAAUAUAUGACGCAGGACCAAAGAAUAUAAGAUGCCCAAUCAUAUUCCUUCCUCCUGUAAGUGGCACUGCUGAUGUUUUUUUCCAACAAGUUUUAGCUCUGACUGGAUGGGGCUACAGGGUUAUAUCUCUUCAGUAUCCAGUGUAUUGGGAUCUUCUUGAGUUUUGUGACGGAUUUCGGAAACUUCUUGACCACUUACAACUGGACAAGAUCCACUUAUUUGGUGCUUCUUUGGGUGGCUUUCUGGCUCAGAAGUUUGCAGAAUAUACACACAAGUCUCCUAGAGUUCAUUCUCUCAUUCUGUGCAAUUCUUUUAGUGACACGUCCAUUUUUAAUCAGACGUGGACAGCCAACAGGUACUGGUGUUUUUGGCUAAUGCCUGCCUUCAUGCUUAAGAAGAUAGUUCUAGGAAACUUUUCAUCUGGUCCUGUGGAUCCAAAAAUGGCAGAUGCAAUUGACUUUAUGGUUGAUCGGCUGGAGAGCUUGUGUCAAAGUGAACUUGCUUCUCGACUAACUCUGAAUUGCCAGAAUUCCUAUGUGGAACCUCACAAGAUUAAGGAUGUUGCUGUUACCAUAAUGGAUGUAUUUGAUCAGAGUGCACUUUCCUCGGAAGCUAAAGAAGAAAUGUAUAAGCUGUAUCCAAAUGCCAGGCGAGCCCACUUGAAAACAGGAGGAAAUUUUCCAUAUCUUUGCAGAAGUGCCGAAGUAAAUCUGUAUAUUCAAAUUCAUUUGCGUCAGUUUCAUGGCACAAGAUAUGCAGCCAUUGAUCCAUCCAUGGUGACCUCAGAGGAAAGAGAAGUUCAGAUAAGCAGUUCACAUAAUGCCAGAGACAGUGAUGAACUGAACUAGUUUCAUGGUACUUUUUCUGCAGUCCUUGCUCUUAGCUUGUCUUCAGUAUAUGAAGCUCCUCCAAUUCUUAGACUGCAGAAAUCACGGAACAAGGUGAUAAUCACCAGUAAUCAAAAUAUUUCAUAGAUCAUUUUUUAGAGCAUGCAUAUAAUUGUAUGUAUGUAAUUAUAUGGACCGUUUUGGGUUUUGCAAAAAAUAUUUUUUUAUUGUAAUAAAUAUUUCUGAAAGAACCACUUUCUUACAGUAAUACAAGUGCCAAUCACUGGUCACCAUCCUUCAUUUUGCAUUUUUUCUUAAUUAGUUUUCAUAAAAUGUUUUUAUUUUUCUGUUUGUUGUAGUGCAUAUGAUAAUUAAACAGUCAGAUGACUUGUCUUGCUCAUGAUCACCAAGUUAUAAAUUAAUUUGAAUCACUUAGUGCACGCAUGUAUUUUUAAUGCUGACAGACUUAUACAUAUGCAUCAACACAGAUUAGCUUUUCUUUCUGUGAAAUAUUAAAGGAAUAAUGAUUAUUUAUCUUGA